AUGAAACGGUUGUGCCUUUUAGCUACAAUACUGGGUUUAUGCUCAUAUGCAAGAGCUUCGUUAGUUAAUUGUGCUUGUGAGCCUGGACCAAUUGGUCCCAAAGGUGAUCCAGGACCAAUGGGCUACCCGGGCAGAGAUGGUGAACCAGGACCACCAGGCUUACCUGGUGGUUGGCCGGGUCAAAUAUCACCAUUUGCACGUGGCCUACCUGGACCACCAGGAUUACCAGGCUUGCCAGGUCCACCAGGUCCGCAGGGUGUACCCGGUAUACCAGGUACAGUGAUAAAUACAGGUGGUGGUGGAGGCGGUGGUGGUGGAGGUGGUGGCGGCGGUACAAUAGUUGAUGCCAAUGGAAAUAUUAUCGGUGUUGGAGGAGGUGGUGGUGGUGGUGGAGGCGGUGGAGGUUCGAGAAGAGUUUUUAUAAAUCGUAGCAAUGACCCAAAUAUUAUUCUAAUGCCAAUAACAAAUCCCUCUACAAAUUUUCCUCCAAAUACAUUACUUCUAAUCGGUCCCAAUGGUGAAUUUAUACCAGUGAAUAGUUUGCGUGGUUUUAAUCCUGUCUCAGAACGUUCAACAACAGAACGUUUGCCAACUCUACGCACAACACCCAUUUUAGAUACGGCUGGUACCACCGAUUUCAAUCAAUGGCAACGUGACCUCUUACUUGGUGAAGCGAAACAAAAGCAAUCAACUUCCGUACCAGUGUCUACUAUAACUCCUGAAGAACAUAAGACCACUUCGAAAGUAAAUGAAGAAGCAAAGAAUGAUACUUUUCAGUAUCAGGAAAAUACCCAGUUUAAUACGCAACAAACUGAAGACAGCAUGGAAGAGCUCGAGCGAGCGCUUGAAGAACUUCGUAAAAGGUACGCCAAACUCCAGUCAGUAAAUGUGAAAAAUAAUUAA